CGCGCCGCGCGGUGUGCACUGCAGUUACUGGGCCAGGCGCGCGUGUGUGCUUUUCUCUCUUCUUCGUCGUGGUCGUCGUCGUGGUCGUCUUCUUCUUCUUCUCUUCUUCUUCUUCUUCCUCUUCUUCCUCCCUACGGUGGCCGGUAUCGGCGCGUAUCGUCGCGGCCGUUCUCGUCGACACCAGGUCGGCCGACACGAUGCUCCACGGCGAGUAAUCACCGCGAGCCGCGUGGAAAACGCAUUUUGCUGGCUGGCCGAGCGGAGAGCGUGUGUGCGCGCGCGCGCACGCCAGUGUCAUAUCAUCAUCGUCGGGCGACGUACAAUUAAAUCACGACCGGAGAGCGGUGUUCGCGCGAGUGUGCUGUCAGAGAGAGAGCAGUGGGGUCGACAGAUUACCGGUUCCCGUCGGAGAAGCUGGACCGACCCGUUCAUCCGGGACACCCGACGUCCUCGCGGUUCGGUUUCCGGUCGCCCCGUGGACCGGCGGGAUUUUUAUUUUCGCGCGAGUGCCGCGAAUCGGAGCACGGUCCCAGUGUAAAACAUCCUCGAUGGACGGUGACGUUUUCCCAUCAUCAUCAUCAUCGUCGUCGUCGUCAUCAACAGCAACAGCAGCAGCAGCAGCAUCGACAUCACCGUCUUCGUCAUCGUUCUCGGUGGGCCGCCGCGCAGUGAAACGAUCCAGCAUGGACUUGUAUCAGCAGGGUCCUCUCCGCGAGUGACCAUCGCCGCAAACAUCCACGACCGUGUCUGACUCUGGAUCGAUCGCGCGCGGUCCGUCGCGCACAGAUACGCGGGUGUAACAGUGGUUCAAACUCGGACUCGACGAUAGUGUCUUACAUAUAGGUGACUCGAUCGGUGACAAUCGGUGGCAUCGUCGUGACAGUGAAGCAACGCCGAUUAAUCAUCAGUCUGUUGUGCGUCGAUGUAUCAAUCCUGCCCAUAGCGGUCGUAUCGGUUCGCAGCCCGGCUCGGUGGAUUGGACCUUGGUCCCCAUAGAGGCCCCAAGAUUCGUGCGCCGUACGGUGUUCGCGCGUCGGCGGCGGCGACGACGUCGUCGGCGAGUUUGUCCGCUCGAACCGUGGGCUGUGGCGGCGGCAUCGACGUCGCGACUAAGGUGGAGCGUCCGGGCAGCACGACGACGCUCAACUUCACGGACCUGGGGAGCCCAUUCGGGGCGGGCGACCCCUGUCCGUCUAGUACCCCGACCCCGAACAGCAUGUCGGGCGGCGGUGGACCAUCCGCGGGCGGUGGCGGCGGCGGCGGUGGCGGCGCGGGCGCCGGCGGGGCCGGCUCCGACAUGGAGCAGCAUCUUCAUCACACCGGGCUCGGAUCGGUGACACCUGGCCCGCCGGGCGGGAACGGCGGGGACAGCACCGCGUCCAGCACCCCGGUCUCCCAAAGCGGCAAGUCCGCGUUCAUCGAGCUGCAGCACAAUAAUCUGUAUAAUCCCGCGAGUUUGCGUGGAGGUUACCCCGGCGGACACAAUGUGCCCGGCGCCCAUCAGUUCUCGCACCAGGUCGGCGCGCUCGGCCAUCAAACGUCCGGACCUGGCAGCGGGAACCAGCAACACGCAGAGGCAGGAUUCCCCAGUCCUAGGUCCGCGCUAGCCGGAUAUCCGUUCGCGCCCAUGCACCAGCACAACGCCUACGGAUAUCACCUGGGAUCGUACGCGCCCCAGUGCCCCUCACCGCCCAAGGACGGUGAGUACCCCAACUGGUGGUGCAUGUUCGCAGACCUCUCGCCGUUGGGCGACAAGAGCGGCAGCCUCGUCGAUGAGCUCGGCGGCGGUGGCGGUGGUUCUUUGAGGAAUGGUAAGGGCAAGAAGAUGAGGAAACCGCGUACGAUCUACAGCAGCCUGCAGUUGCAACAACUCAACAGGCGAUUCCAGAGGACGCAGUACCUGGCCCUACCGGAGAGAGCGGAGCUAGCGGCGAGCCUUGGACUGACGCAGACGCAGGUGAAAAUCUGGUUCCAGAACAGAAGAAGUAAGUACAAGAAGAUGAUGAAGGCGGCGCAGCAGGGCGGAGGCGGCGGCGGAGGACAACACGGCAGCCUUCUAGCCGGUGGAACCGCUUUACCUGGAGGACCAUCCCCUCAACCCGGACAGCCCGGAAGUCUCAUGCAAGGAGGAGGCGGAAGUUCGGUGUCGGGAAGUCCGACGACGGGCUACCUCGGGGGCAUGGGCGGUGGUGCAGGGGGUCACACCCCCGGCAGUUCGAGCCCCGGAAGCGAGAUGUCGCCCCAGCACAACGAGAGCCCACCCGCGCCCUCCUGGCCGGGUGAGAUGAAGCACCAUCCGCAUCCGCACGCGCCACCACACACCCACCACCAUCCCCAUACGCCUGGACACCAUCCACCGCCGCCACCACCGCCCCCGCACCACGCGGGUUACAUGCCACAGUACUCCUGGUACCAGACGGACCCCAAUCCUGGACUACUCACGGUAUGGCCGGCGGUUUAACGAAGACGUCCUUCGAGCUGUGUUCAAGAGGACCCGCUUGUCAGCGCCGCGACGGCGCCAGCGCCCCAGCAGCCCCAAAGUGUGAAUACAUAUAGCAGCAUUCGCGAUGGGAUUCGCGUCCGAUGUUAAUAAUGUUUCCGUUUCGUCCGCGCGGGAGGUUCCGUUUCCUGACUAGUGCGCGACCGAUUCGCGGAUUUCCGCUAGGGAACUUCUAGUAAUUUAGCCGGCUGAGCCCCGGAAGUGGACACUCGCCACACAGACGCUUUUCAGUGAGACUACGAAAAAAGAAUCGUGCUACGUUGAGUGACCGCGGGAGAGAACCUCGUCGCCGAUCAAGCUUGUGAACGUUUGUGAAACGCACGGUGAGGAUCCCUCGAGGCUAGAGGACGUCCGCGGAAGUCGCGCGGCCGAGAACCGCGCGGCAGAAGCGUUAAGAACCAAUGGAGAAACCAGAUCUGUUCGUCGCGAGCAGGGAGAUUCUCGUCGAGUCUCGAUUCUCGAUUCUUGAUUCUCGAUUCUCGACUCUCGAUCGUCGAGCGAUCGAACACGCGAGGGUAAGCCGGGUAGUCGAGGGAUCGAUCGAUCGAUUAUCCGCGGGAUUCCAGUGUGCUCGAGAUUACACGUUCGACGGUCUACUAAAUGUCAAGACGCCGCGCCGGGGCCGAUCUCUCGCAAAACAAUUAUCCUCGCUCGGACAAUGGAUGUGUUCGGCACCUAUCUCGAGACCGGGCAGCCGCGAUUUUCCGCGUCCUCGCGGCGCGUCGCCGCGCGUCGAUCUCCUUACGGUAAAUGUCAAUCGCCGGUGACGUUAGAUCGGUCGAUCCCUUUGCGACAGUUGGCCAACCUGACCCACUUCGUGCUGGAUCGAACCACCGCACCGCUGGAGAACGGAAAGGGUAACGGAAAAGGGGUCUACGGGGACGGACAGGGAUGCAGAGGGGGGCGGCGGCGGAGGGCACGGCGAGGGGGGACAGACGGGGAACGCGUUGCAUAAACUCGUCGAGCGGUCGUUCCUCAAGGCGGUUGGAAGUAAUGAAACCCUAAUGACAUUUUCGUGAGUCAAACGAUCUCGGCAAUCACGGUGUAAUCACUGGUCCCUCCUUUCCGGAUGAAGCAACCCGCCGGGGACCUCCUCCGAAAAGGAGCGCGCAGAAUACCGCGCGCGCGCGCGCGGUUUCCUCGAAUCCGCCGGGAAAAAAAAUCGGACCACGCGUGUCGACAGUGGCCGCGUGCUCAUUAAAUUCAUGAGAGAGCCGAACGCCCGGCUAAUUCCCAGUUCUCCCGGCCCGGGGACGAUCAGCGAUAUUAACCCCGUUCAAAAAUUGAGCAAUUCGAGGAAACCUCCGCCGCGUCGCUUCGGGACCACCAUAAAUUGUUACAAGAUCAAAUCGUUUUCAUACGGCGGGGUAGAGCGGCGGAGAAAAAUUGCGGCUCGCAGAAGUUCGAGCUGGAAAAACACUGUUUGUCCAAGCUAAUUCCAAUGUUGCCGAGGAAUUAGUGCAACUGUUCUACCUUGGCUUAACGUGUCACCCUUUUGUUACUCGCAAAAAGCGAUGAUUAACGCUCGGAUUGCGGCUACAGCCAUUUUCGCCCAGACUGUUGAGAUCGUUAUCCACUGAUUUAAUCUUCGACAGUCGAAUUGAGUAAAUCGUUGUUAAACAAGGAACAGCGGAAAGACUAAUAGGUGUACAAGAAAUAUCAGGGGAAAUAUGUUUCGGAUAAUUGAUACGUAAAACUCGUUAUCAAAGAAGUAUCUCCGAAGAAACAUCAUCGAAUAAACAUAGUCAUUUUUAUAGUCGUGAAAAUGGUCCGCCGUCCGAGGGUUAAAGAACGCACGAUUACUCUGAAGAUCGUGGAGACGCGAAGUUCUCUCGUUUCCCAAUUCCUCGAACUCAAAAUUUAGCUAACUAGAUUCAAUGUUUGUCCUAUUCGUCGACGAGCGAACAUAAUUAUUUUCGCGUGCGUGCAACGAAGCAAAAUCAAAUGGAACGGAAGCCCGCGAAUUCUCCUAUCUCCGACGAUAAAUUCGGAUUACAGAAGCAACGAGUUUCGCAUAGGACACGUUUUCCCUGUCCGUCCCGGAGACCCGCCGCGUUCGGAGCUGAGGGUAUCGGGGAAACGUCUCGGCUCGGAGUUGUUUUUACUGUUUUCCGUCGGCCAUGCUGGCCAACCUUUGCCAUCUUGCAUCUCGCGGGCAAUAGCUAGCUUUCAAAGAGACGGAGCCACGAAACCGCAAAAAAGACGGUUGUGGUUUGCGACCACGGGAAACUGGGAGGGCCGGCGAGCCCCACCGCUGACCCAAAUCCUCUGGCGUGUCGGUGCAACAAUGGUCGUCUCAUGAGAACGCGGUCUCGCACGGUCCCUUUACUUCCUCCUGAUUUUGCCUCCUUUUUCGCCUCCGGAGACGCGGCUGUCCGACCAAGAAACGAGGAUUCGCGAAACUAGCUAACCGAGACCGGCGACCGUUGCCGUUUCGCUUUGAAAGCGCAUCGAACCAUCUUUACCGGUCGUCCCGUGACAAAACGGCUGCAUUAAAAAUUACACACGUGGCCUUGGCCAUUGGCGAGAUCAUGUUACCGAAAUCAUGAAUAAUCGAGUCGAACUGACGACGGUCUCCGCGUCGAAGCUCAGCUUCCGCCAAUUCUCGUUUCGAAUGCACGCUUCCGAGACCCUGUGCAGUGUAUUUUUCUGUAAUUUCGAUAUACUUUUUGCAUCAUCUUCUCCCUGAUUUUCCAUCGACAGCUCGCACGAUAGAUUAACGUUUAACGCGCUAUCGAGCCGGUGCCUAUAGUUCGGUGAACUAGGUUCGUAGAGCGGCUCUCAGUCUAUAUAGCAUCGAUUGGAAAGAGAGCGAAGUGUCGCCGAAGGACUGAAGAACAGGACAAGCAGCACCCGUCGCAGUUCUUUCAUUCUAAUCUAUUCAUUCGGCUUGGGGACUUGAAAACUCGCUUGACUCUCCUAACUGCUUGGAAUUUCGCUCCUCGACAGUUUCUUUGCCCGGUAUCGAUCAUCUGAACCCGUUCAAGGGGCUAGCUCGGGAGACAGGCAACGACAGCUCGUUUCCUCUUUUGCUAGCCACGUUUUUUCGUUGCCUGCUCGUCGCAUGCAUUGUUUCCCGUAUGAAAUGCUUGAAAACGGAAAAAGAGCAUUCCCCUUCGCUCUGGAAAUCAGUUUCCUUCUUCAAGAGAUGUUCUGAGACACGGGUCUGCUUCUAAAUGCGAGCGCUUGCUAAAAAAUGUGUGUAAAAGUUGCUGCACGCGAUUAUCAUUGAAACGGAUAAAGAUUCCAAGACGAAGAAAAAUUUGAGGGAGAAGAUUUUUUUCGUGCCAGAUAUUUCGAAUGUAUCUGUUGCAUUUUGUCAGACUUUUAUACAAUUUGUGUUGAAUUAGCGCAAUAAAUUGUGCUGGAAACGUUCGAACCGAGUCAACUGCUCGAUCUACGAUUUGUUUCAUUUCACAGCGCAUGCAGCCGAAUCAUCGGUAGACUGUAGAUUUUAUGCAUUUAUGGAAAAAUUGGGUAAUUGCAAUUUGAAAUGGUAAAGAUGUUAGAAGAAUUUAGAAAUGCAAGUUAAUUAUUUUUAACCAAGUAGAAUUAUUGAUGAAAGGAGGAACGUUCUAUUUAGCUUCAAUUUUUUCCAGUCGAUGUACACAAUUUUUAUACUGCAUAAAGAUCUGCAGCCUAAUCGUCAGUCUCGGCAGAAGUCUGCACAAAAUGCAACGGUAUCGAAUAAAUCGUAAUUAAACUGCGGUGCAUCUACAACAAGGAUAAGCGGAUGAAAUGCAGAAACGCGAAGAGAUCCGACGAAAUGACACUCGGCUUAUUGAAAUUACUGAAAGAAAGCUCACUUCCUUCUAUUUCCUGAUUUUCGUAGGUCCACUUAGAUCCGUAUUUAGCGCGAAGCUCCGUAGUCCGAUCGAAAUAAGUACGAUUAACAUCGAAACUGUUGAGAUUUUGUUCAGAUCGCAUAAAAUUAGAUGACGAAACAGUUCCGUGAAAAGUCUGCACAGGGUCUUGCGACGUUUCGGUCGCAAUCGUCGAACUCCGGAGGCAUCGAACAAGAGUACAAAGCCGGUGCGCGUCUAAAUCGGCGAGAAAGCUCGACAAAAGGAAAGAGAGCGAGCGAGCGAGAGAGAGAGAGAGAGAGGGAGAGAGAGAGACGAAUCGUGCAACAGCUGCAGCGAAAACCGAAGUCGUUCGCACGGCGUCAAUCAAAAUUCCUGAGCGAUUCCCGCCGCGUCGUCUCGCGGAUUCACGGCGCUGCGAGCUUGCGGGGAACGCGUCUCAGCCGGACGACGACGACAAUGAUUCCUCCGUGUAUACUAAUAAGUGCCGUUAGAUUCGACCGCAAAGCUACGAGGCGCGGAACAUGCCUCGCGGAAAAACGCGGACAGAACGGCGACACGAAACAGAUAGGACGAGCGAGUGUGAAAGAAACAGAGAGAGAAAGAGAGCGAGAGAAAGAGAGUGAGUGAAAGAGAGAUAGAAGGUUCUUGCGUUUAGAUUCGGUGCAAUAAAGAGGCGUGUGCGUGUGUAAUUUAAGACGAAGCUCCCUCAGUUCCUAAAUUGCGCGUGGAGAGCGAGUAAAUUGCGAGAACGGCGUGAAACGAAUGGAAGCCGAGAGAGAGAGAGAGAGAGAGAAGCGGAGAGCGUGUUUGCGGGCGCGCGUGCGGUUUCUGCUCGCGCGGACCAGCGCCGAGAGCACCGUUACCAUUUUCCGCGGACACUUUUACCUCGUGCAGGCUCUGGCGGAUCGAUCGAGGAACGACUCGCGAAAAUGGUGGACACUCGCGAGCAAACCGCGAAUUUCUCGCGGACACGGAAGCCGUUCGACGAAACGCGAAACAUGAGUUUUCGUCGGCGCUUUCGUCGCGAUCAUGGGACACGCUGUUGCGCGGACUUCACGCGGGAAAUAGAGUCGACGGGUACACGUACACGGUACAUACAGACACACACACGCGCGCAGAAGACACACACAUACACACACAGCAGCAGCAGACACUUCGACAAACACACGGAUUACGACACAGAAGAUUAUAAGAGAAAAUUGAAAAAAAUUGACAGAGUCCGUAGAAAGUUAUUAGCGUUACUAGCCUCGGCGCAAGCCGCGGGGAUCGAUCCAGACGCCGUGGACACUGCGAUCGAUCCCCGAUUCCGUGUAAAUAUUGCACCGGGGCCCCUCCCACAUCCCCCCUCUCAAGCCCCCCAUUCUAGCAUGUAAGUCGUAAAUGAAACAAAUCUGUGUAAAAUACGAUAUUGUGAUAAGAGUGUAAAGAAAACUGUUAGGGCGAGAGCGCGCGCGCGAGCGAGAGCAAGAGAGAGCGAGAGAGAAAGAGAGAGAGCGAGAGAGAAGCCAGAAAUCGUCUAUAUACAUAUAGGUUAACAACACGGCAGACCCAAUUUAUCAAUUUUAUCGAGUACCCUUGUACGAAUAUAGAUAUUAUGGACUAAGAUACCUUAAUUAUGAUUACUAUUGUAUAAAAUAUGAAUAAUAACUAAUUAAUUCAAUUUAAA